AUCUUCUCAAGUCCGCCAAACCGCACGCAACCCAUCGCAGCAGCCAUUAAUCUGACCUGUGAAGCGUGGCCCAAGCACGACGACGAUCAUUCUCCCAGGAAUUGGGUCAAGUAUAUCCAGUGGUAUGAUACCCAUGGAAGACAAACUGGAGACAAAUGCCUCAACAAGCAAUCAGUGAAGAAUCUGAAAUGUCCAUUAAUUCUCAAGAAUCUGACUAUAGAAAACUUCGGGAACUACACUUGUGAAGCAGAAAAUGACUUUGCUGGAUACUGCACGAGAAAAUCCGUUGAAAUUCUUAAUAAAGGUAACAAUCAGAUUAUUCCCAUCACAAAUAAAUUUGGACACGGUAAAUAUUUAUUAUCGUAGUUACUUCUCUUCGCUAUCUCCGUCAAAGGCUGUUUUAAUAAAAUAGCAAAAGUGGGUACGGAAAUCAACAAUAGUGUAGGUGAAAGGCAGGAUAUUUUUGCAGAUUCCGUUUGUUUUGGCUUGAUUAUCUCUUCCCCUUCCCCUUCCCUUCCCCCACCCCCCUCACCCCAAGGUUUUCACUUACUUGCCAUAGUACUCUUGAUUGGUUAUUUUGCAGAAAACUUAAGUCCAACUGACACAGCAAAGGCACCCCACCUUCUAUUUCCUGAGGUGGUUGAAAACCCAAAGAACCAAAGCGUUUUCAUUGGCUCCAAUGUAACUUUUAACUGUACUACCAUGGGUCUUCCAACACCAGCCAUCUCAUGGAUGAAGAACAACGACUCAUAUGCGGUAACAUCCAAU